GCCAAAAAAUUUCAAAGAUGACGUUUGGAAUGCAUUGAUGGGUGAAUUCGAGCUCGAUGUUCCACCACAUGUUGCUCGUCCGUUAGCAGAGAAGACAUGGUCUCAAAAGUUUAGGACGCACAAAAAUUCAUUAAGGGUAAUAUUAAAUAAACAGGGUCAUACUCAAGCCGAGCCAAAAGAAAAUCCUUCAAGAUCGAUUACUCGAGCUGAGAAAUGGUUAGCGGCACAUGAGCACGUUGACGGGACUGUCUUAGAGAGUGCUAAAAAUAAAUAUGAGCAAGUAAAAGCUGCUGCAAAUAAAAGAAAAAUCCAAAACUCGAGUGGAGAUGAAGGUACAGAGCCUUAUGAUGACAUUGAUACAGAUGCGAAAAGAGAGAAAGGCAGGUCAAAGUCAAAGAUUCAACAAAAUGAAAAAGCUCUUAAAGAUGCUAGUGAUGAGAAGGAUGAGAUUAUCUCCAGAAUUGACGGUCUUGAAGCUUUACUGCGUUCUUUACAUUCAAAGAUUGAUAAAACGAGUUAUACUUAUGCAUCUUCAAGUGAGCUUGGAUCUAAUUCAACAAGUCCUCCUAUUUAUUCAACUCAACAUUUGAACAUCCCUACUGUAUCGCAUGCCCCUGCAACCAAUGCCAACGCUCCAAAUCCUCGAGUUUACUUGUGUGAUAAGUUUGGAAGAAAAAUAGCCGGAGGAUAUGUAGUGACAGAUGAUACCUCCGGGGUGUGUCACUUCAAAAUUGUUGGACCAGAGGAAAAGAAAGUUUAUAUUGAAGAAGUGCUUGAUCCUAAUGCUCGUGUGUGGGACCCUCCUCAAGGGGGUUAUGAUACGUUGGCAGGCUUCGUCCAAGGGGGAUUUAUAAUUUGGUUUCAGAGCUGGUUAGUAAAUAUUUGA